AUGUUUGACAACUCCAACUACCCCUUCAACUGCUUCAACUACGAUGGGGACGGAUACCCUUCAUCCAGCACUGACGAAGAGAAGAAGAUGUGUAGACCCGCGUACAGCGUGUCUCUGUGUGUCAGCUACAUCGCGCUGAUAGCCAUGGCCAUCCAGCAGAGCCCUGAGCAGCGGGUCACUCUGUCGGGCAUCUACGAGUUCAUCAUGAAGCGGUUUCCUUACUACCGGUCCAACCAGAGAGCCUGGCAGAACUCCAUCAGACACAACCUGUCUCUCAACAGCUGCUUUAUCAAGGUUCCUCGGACUGAGGGCAACGAGAAGGGAAAGGGAAACUACUGGACUUUUGCCACUGGCUGUGAAUCCAUGCUCGACCUGUUUGAAAACGGCAACUUUCGGCGUCGCCGCCGUCGGAGGAACGUGAAAAUUGGCCUCCGUGACUCAGGAGAAACCCCUUUCCACCCUCUGGAGAGCCACAGCAAUCAGCACGGACCCUCGGCUCGGCGCCCCGAACCCAGCUCCACCCUCUGCCCUUUGAACCCUGAGAGGCCGAGGCCCCAACAAAACCACCUGGUGCCCAACCCCAGCCAGCAGAGCAAACCAGAGUCAGAGAUCAAGUUUAGCAUUGACUACAUCCUUUCCACUCCAGAUCCACCCCUGCCAGGGUUCAGGUCCUCACACGGCCCCGUACAUAUAGGGCCCACGGGGCCACCUAUUCACGUUCUGGAGCCCCAACAACUGAACCUGCACUUCUGGACUCUUUAA